AUGCUCAGCACACGAUCCCCAAUUCUCGCGAAGACCGCCUACCGUGCUGUCGGCGGCGUCAAGCCGCUGGCGUACCAGCUCCCAACAGCCCGGAUCUCGGUGGUCCUUUGCCAAUACCACGGUGCUACUCUAAACCAGCCUCUUCAAGUCCGUUCGUUCAGUUUCACAUCCAAGGCACCUCUCCAAACCACUCAAUCCCUCCAAAUCUCCCCUACGAACCCAAAUCAACGAGAAACCAAACAAUCAUGGCCUCAUCCAAUCUACAACGAGAAACAAAUGGCAGAUAUAGAAAUCGCACACCGUAAAGCCCGUAACUUUUCGGAUAGGAUUGCGAUUAAUGCUGUUAGGUUUCUCCGAGGGAUGUUUGAUAUUGCUACGGGGUAUAAACAUGAUCCUAAGAUUGCUUCUGGAGAGAAGAGUCCGAAGGAGGAGACUCAGUUUGCUAUGACGGAGAAGAAGUGGAUGGUCAGAUUUAUAUUUUUGGAGAGUAUUGCUGGUGUUCCUGGCUUCGUGGCGGGAACUUUGAGGCAUUUGAAGUCCAUCAGGAGUCUUAGACGGGAUAAUGGAUGGAUUGAAACGUUGCUUGAGGAAGGAUAUAAUGAGAGAAUGCACCUCCUCACCUUCCUCAAACUCCACCAACCGGGUCUCUUCAUGCGUCUAAUGAUCAUUGGCGCUCAAGGUGUCUUUUACAACGCCUUCUUCCUCUCCUACCUUCUCUCCCCAAGAACUUGCCACCGCUUCGUCGGCUACCUGGAAGAAGAAGCCGUAAUCACAUACACCCGAGCCAUCUCCGACAUUGAUGCUGGAAAGCUCCCAGGAUUCGAAAAUAUGAAGGCUCCACAGAUCGCAGUCGAUUAUUGGAAGAUGAACCCUGGGGCUUCAAUCCGUGAUAUGUUGCUUUAUAUCCGAGCGGAUGAAGCGAAACAUAGAGAGGUUAACCACACACUGGCGAAUUUGGAUGGUGAUAUGGAUCCUAACCCGUUUAUGACCGAGUAUGAGGAUCCAUCGAAGCCACAUCCUAGCAAGGGGAUUGCACAUUUGAAGAAUACGGGAUGGUCGAGGGACGAGGCUUUGUCCAAAUAA